AUGGAAUCCUUAGCAGAAACCCCAUGGGAUGUGACGGUAUCCGGGACGGGGCUUGCGCAGUCACUUCUGGCCUUAGCUCUGUCCCGGUCAGGUAAGAAGGUUCUUCACGUGGAUAAGAACACAUACUAUGGAGGACCCGAAGCUGCUUUUAGCAUCCAAGAGGCACAGGAAUGGGUAGUGUCAUUACAAAAAGCACCUGGCCGAGAGCCGUUUGAGGAUGUCUCCAUCUAUUCGCCCUCGGAUGCGUCAGAAGACGGGAAGAAGCUGUCCUUCUCAAGGGCUUACACACUUUCAUUGUCACCACAGCUUGUUUAUACUCGCUCGAAGCUGCUACCCACGCUUGUGUCAUCCAGAGUUUAUAGACAGCUCGAGUUUCAAGCCGUCGGAAGUUGGUGGAUUUAUAGAAAGUCAGCAAACCCUGAUGACGAUGUAUCGGGACUACGUCGAGUACCGAGCAGCCGCGAAGACAUAUUCGCUGAUGAUAAGAUCAGUAUGAAAGCAAAGAGAAUGUUGAUCAGGUUUCUUCGAAAUGUAAMCCAGCCACAGCAGACUGAUGAGGGCACCGAAAUCCCCACCACAGAGGAAGAUAAGAAUAUGUUCCUUUCGGAAUAUUUGAACACAAAGUUCAAUGCUCCCUCCGAGCUGCACGACCCUAUCCAUUCGCUGUCAUUAUGUCAGCAGGCCCCCCAUAAGACCCCUACGAACCUCGCACUUCCUCGUAUCAAACGACACCUUGGUUCACUGGGUGUAUUUGGACCUGGCUUUGGAAGCUUAGUUGCCAAGUGGGGUGGCGGCGCAGAGAUUGCUCAAGUGGGUUGCCGCGCGCUGGCUGUUGGUGGCGGUGUCUAUGUGUUAGGUCGAGGGAUCGAAUCUGUCGACCCUUCGAAAGACAACGAGGGCUUUCACCACCUUACACUGUCGAAUGGAGAGAAAAUACGCAGCAAAUCUGUUGCAGGGACUCUCUGGGAUUUACCAGACGAUGCUGGAAGUCCUUUGAUAUCGACACAGAAGGUUGCUCGCUCAAUAUCCAUUGUGUCCUCUCCAUUAAAAGGACUUUUUCCAAUCACUGCUGAAGGAGGUCCUAUGCCUGCAGGAGCCGUAGCAGUCAUUCCUGGCGAAGCGCUAACUGAUGAAGCUUCGGAAGCUACACCGGUAUACUUGCUACUUCACUCUAGUGAAACUGGAGAGUGCCCAGAUGGACAAUGUGUUGUCUACGGAAGCGUCUCCGUACCUGGUCAAGAAGGCCAACGACUUUUAGAGACAGCGAUCGAUCUUCUACUCGAUUCCUUUUCUGAUGCCACAGGCAAACCCGCUGUUCUAUGGUCCAUGCGCUUCACUCAAGUCGGGACUCUUAAUGACGCCAGUGCUUCUCCGGUUUUAUACAAGAGCACAAGGUCUGAUCAGAUAUUGUACUUUGCGCCACCUAGCUUGGAUCUCGCCUUCGACGAUAGUAUUGUGGAAAGUGUGCGAGAAUGCUGGAAAGCGAUUUUGGGCGAAGAAGCGCAGGACGAUACGUUUAUGAACUUUGAGGAUAGAGAGACGUAUGAUGACGAUUAG